AUACCGGAAGUCCCCAGUGAACACACAAUUGCAGAGGGAGCAUUUUAGAACUUAUUCAUAAAGCUCAUAUGAGCAUAGUUGGAAAUAUUUCAAAUAGCCUUUGCAGUUAUAGUUAGUUAGUCUCGUUAUAAUUGGGCAACGCGUAAUGGCUGAUGUUUUGACUCGCUAAUCUCCCCACAAGGAUAAUGGCGAAGUUAGCAGCAUGCAUAUGCUACUAGAGAAUGUCAUGAACACACCAUCAUGUCAGAAUCAGCUUUAUUCGCCAGGUGUGUGUACACAUAAGAGGACUUGGACUCUGGAUCAACCAUGAAGUACUUUAUUUCAAGUACACGUUUGUUCACAAAAAGGAUUUAUUCUUGGUAUGUGGAGUUCCGCCAGAAGCCGGACUACCAGACAGGCAACUUGCUGAAUUUACCGACACCGUAUAAAUGUCAAAGGAGAGCAUAUCAUGUUAACCAGUCACAUCAACAUGGCUCUCGACGUAGGUUACGAAGUAACACGGCUGCCUUACAGUCAUCGCGACCAUUUCUCCCCUUACGAGCCUUCUCACUGUCAACACACCUGCAGAAGCGUGGCGAUGACCACAAUAUUCCAGGAUCUGACAGUCACGACAGAGAGGAUGAAGAUGAUGACGAAGAUAUAGACGACAGCGAGGUAGAUCAGCUAUUCCAGCAACAGGUUCCUACAGUCGGAGAAGGAGACCACCGCAUCUUCAUCGUCCACCCUGACGUCAAAUGGGGCACCAGGAAGCAGUACCUAACCACAGCUGAUCUAAUGAUGGCCGAAGCGGUGGGUCUGGUCAACACUCUACAGAACUGGAGUGUUAUCGACAAGAUGAUCUUAUCCACUAAGACACCGGAGAAGAAGAUGAUCUUUGGCAAAGGCAACUUCCAGACUCUUACAGACAGAAUAAGGAGGACACCCGGAGUCACAGCUGUGUUUGUGAACGUGGAGCGCCUGACACCUGCGUCGGAGAAAGAAUUUGAGUCGGCUUGGGGGGUGAAGGUAUUUGACAGAUACUCUAUAGUUCUUCAUAUCUUUCGCUGUAAUGCCAAAACCAAGGAGGCCAAGCUACAGAUCUCUCUGGCGGAGAUCCCACUGCUCAGAUCACGUUUGAGAAAUGAAGUGGCCAACUUGGACCAGCAGGGUGGAGGUUCCCGGUACAUCAUGGGUUCAGGUGAGACCCUGUUGGAGGUGCAGCAGAGACUCCUGAAGGAGAGGGAGUUGAAGAUCCGUUCUGCUCUGGAACGACUACGGAGAAAGAGACACCUGCUGCGCUCUCAUCGUAAACAUCGUGAUUUCCCCAUCAUAUCCGUCAUGGGCUAUACCAACUGUGGUAAGAGACAGGGGAGUAUGGGCUAUACCAACUGUGGUAAGACGACUCUGAUCAAGGCACUGACGGGCGAUGUGGCCUUGCAGCCCAGAGAUCAGCUGUUCGCCACGCUGGACGUCACCGUGCACGCCGGCACGCUCCCUAGUCACAUGACCGUACUUUACGUCGACACAAUUGGCUUCCUGUCCCAGCUACCUCACCAGCUUAUAGACUCCUUCUCCGCUACCCUGGAGGACGUCACACAUUCUGACCUGAUAGUUCAUGUCAGAGACAUCAGCCACCCAGAGACGCUCAACCAGAAGGUGAAUGUCCUUAAUGUAUUGAAGAACCUCCAGAUCCCAGAGAGACUUAUGAAUUCCAUCAUAGAGGUCCAUAAUAAAAUAGAUCUGGUGGACAGCUAUGAGUCUUCAGAGCCCAACAGUCUGGCCAUCUCAGCUCUGAGACAACAGGGUCUGGAGGAGCUGAAGAUGGAGCUGCAGAAAGCUAUUGUAACAAAUACAGGGAAACAGGUCAUGACCCUGACUGUGGACCUCUGCAGCUCCCAGUUAAGCUGGCUGUACAAGGAAGCAACCGUUCAGGAAGUAGACGUAAAUCCUGAUCAAGGUUCUGCUGUUGUCAAGGUGAUCAUGAGUGCUGCUGCGUUUGGCCGCUACAGGAAGAUGUUCCAGAGCUGUUAGUUUCCAGAAGACUGUGAGGGCUGUUAGUUUCCAGAAGACUGUGUGAGGGCUGUUAGUUUCCAGAAGACUGUGUGAGGGCUGUUAGUUUCUUGCAGUCACUGAUAACAGAAUGGAAGCUGUGAAGGUGGUCAUAUAAGGUGGUCAUUCUUGUGAGAGCUUUUGGUUCUCUGCUGUCUCUGAUCGUAAAGCCAUACUAGUGCUAAUGAUUAUGUUAACAACAAUUAGGAACUAAUCCCAACUCAGAUACAUGGCUAGCUAGCGAAACGUGCGAAAAAGUGGUUCCCCAGUCCCUCUGAGAUGGCAUGAAUGAGGCAUAGUUUUGUGUUAUCAAUUGACAUCCAGGAUUGGUUCAUAAGAUGCUUUUAAAUGAAGAAAUACUGUCAACUGGGAUUCAUCAGAAAACCAAAUUUGAAUGAUGAACUGCAUUUAAUGUACACAAUAAAGUAACAGAGCAUAUUGCA